GGCGGGGAGAGGCGGGCGAGGGGCGAGCGCGAGGGAGCGCCGGGGAGUGCAGAGAGCGGGGCCAGCCCCGAGCGCGCUGGAGACAGCCGAGCGUCCCGCGCCCCGGCACCAUGCGACCCGCCGCGCCUCCUCGCCGGCCCGGGGCUUCGCUCUCCGCUCGCUGAGCCCCCGCACUCGCCACCCCUGAAACUCGCAAAGACGAGGCGAGACGCUGGAGAGCAGCGAAGAGACUGACCCAGACGUCCCCUUCGCCCCUAAAGAGGCUGCGGAUCCCCGUUUUCUGGGCUUCUCUAGCUUUACCAUGAACCUGGUGCAAGAUUGGCUUUAGGACAAAUUCGGAAGCCGGAGGGGGGAGUCGAGGCAAUUCUUUGGUUGCUAAGUGUGAGUGAAGGCAUCCAGGAUGGCUCAGGGAUCCGGGGAUCAAAGAGCAGCGGGGACUGCUGACCCAGAGGACAGCUCUCCAAACAUGAUAGUCUACCGCAAAAUUGAAGACAUCAUUACAAAGAUGCAAGAUGACAAGACAGGGGGUGUGCCCAUCAGAACAGUCAAGAGCUUUCUCUCCAAAAUCCCCAGUGUUGUCACAGGUACUGACAUUGUGCAGUGGCUUAUGAAGAACCUUUGCAUCGAAGACCCAGGGGAAGCAAUACACUUGGGAAGCCUCAUAGCUGCCCAGGGCUACGUCUUUCCCAUCUCGGACCACGUCCUCACCUUGAAGGACGACGGCACCUUUUAUCGUUUCCAGGCUCCAUACUUCUGGCCUUCGAACUGCUGGGAGCCUGAAAACACUGACUAUGCCAUCUAUCUCUGUAAGAGGACAAUGCAGAAUAAAGCAAGGCUGGAAUUAGCUGACUAUGAAGCAGAAAACUUAGCAAGACUCCAGAGGGCCUUUGCAAGGAAGUGGGAAUUCAUCUUUAUGCAAGCGGAAGCCCAAGUGAAGAUUGAUCGGAAAAAGGACAAGACAGAAAGGAAAAUUCUGGAUAGUCAAGAACGAGCCUUUUGGGAUGUCCACAGGCCGGUGCCAGGCUGUGUGAACACCACAGAAAUGGAUAUCAGAAAAUGUCGACGCUUGAAGAACCCACAAAAGGUUAAAAAGUCAGUGUAUGGGGUGACAGAAGAGUCCCAGUCGCAGAGCCCCGUGCACAUACCCAGUCAGCCAAUCAGGAAAACUACAAAAGAGGACAUCCGGAAACAGAUAACGUUUUUGAAUGCGCAGAUUGACAGACAUUGUUUAAAAAUGUCAAAAGUGGCUGAAAGCUUAAUUGCUUACACGGAGCAGUACGUGGAAUACGAUCCCUUGAUAACGCCGGCCGAGCCAUCCAAUCCCUGGAUCAGUGAUGAUACCACUUUAUGGGACAUGGAGAAGAGCAAAGAGCCCAGCCAGCAGCGAGUCAAGAGAUGGGGCUUCUCGUUUGACGAGAUGCUGAAGGACCAGGUGGGGCGGGAGCAGUUUCUGCGAUUCCUGGAGUCCGAGUUCAGCUCAGAAAACCUCAGGUUCUGGUUGGCUGUACAAGAUCUUAAGAAACAACCCCUACAGGAUGUGGCCAAGAGGGUGGAAGAAAUCUGGCAAGAGUUCCUGUCUCCAGGGGCCCCAAGUGCCAUCAACCUGGAUUCUCACAGCUACGAGAUAACCAGUCAAAACGUCAAAGACGGAGGAAGAUACACAUUCGAAGACGCCCAGGAGCACAUCUACAAGCUGAUGAAGAGUGACAGCUACGCCCGCUUCCUCCGGUCGAAUGCGUACCAGGACUUGCUGCUGGCCAAGAAGAAGCCAGAAAGUGAGCAAGGUCGUAGAACUUCCUUAGAAAAGUUCACUCGCAGUGUGUGCUGCUGGCGCAGAGUCAGAAUGGCCGCUGCAUUUCACCCCCGAGGUGGCUUCCUUCCAGCAGUGGGGAAAGUCGCUGGCGGGCAAGCGCCUCACGGGACUGAUGCAGUCCUCCUGACGGUUCCCACCGCAGGCCCGGGGCCGGGGCCCGAGGACCACGAGGGCAGGAGGCGGCGCUCCACAUCCGUGGACAGAGUGUCCUUACGGGGAGAUUCGGUCACUGUGAAAGAGAAAGAGUGAGGGCGCUAGAGGGCGACCACAGGGAGACCCAGUGGGUGAAUGGGGGGACCUGAGAGAAAGGCCACAGAGCCGGGGGUCGGCCCAGUAGAGGCCCCUGUUUACAACCCUCCCGUGCUUGUACAGUUGUGCGCCGAAACCCCAUUUUCUAAGAGGUCCUCGUCCCUAACUCAUUCAGGGGAGAACAUCUUGUAGGGUGUUGUGACUGUCACUUGAGAUAUAUUCUCAUCAUCACUCCUCCCGCUGUAUGGGGGAUGAUGCCAUCCAGCAAACACAAGAAGGACCAGCUGGCCCUGAG